AUGGUCCCAAAUGAAACCCAGCAGUACCGAGGGAUUAUCCGCUUGCUGCAGCAUUUUGGAUGGACAUGGGUCGGACUCUUUGCUGUAUAUGAUGACAGCGGAGACCAUUUCUUGGAGACCAUGGAGACACUCCUUUCCCAGGGUGGAAUCUGUUCAGCCUUCACAAAAAGGCUUCCAAAGCAAGACCAUACCGUGGCUGCCAAGGAUGGACUUGGUGGUGUAUUGUGGAAUAUCCAUGUCCCUUUAAUGGAUACUAACACCAAAACAUAUAUAGUCUAUGGUGAAACUUUGACUUUUGUGUGGAUGACUGUCUUAAUCUGUUCACAUAGUCAUGGAUAUAAUUAUGGAUAUAGGAAAGGCUCCAAUGGUGAGAAAGUAUGGAUUAUGACAGCUCAGAUAGACUUUGAAAUAAAGGCCCAUUUGAGGAAGUGUGAAUUAUUCCCAGGGACUAUUUCCUUUGCAAUUCACUCAAAUGAACCUCAAGGGUUCAAUGCAUACCUUCAGAGCAUAAAACCUGACUCGACAGAAGUGGAUGGUUUUCUCAAACUUUUUUGGGAGGAUGUGUUCUUUUGUUCAUUUCCAAUUCGCCAGACAUCAUGGGGGAGCAGUGGAACAUGUACUGGGGAUGAGAAGCUUGACAGCCUUCCUACAUCUGCUUUUGAAGUGAGCAUGAGUGGCCACAGCUACAGCAUCUAUAAUGCUGUUUAUGCUGUAGCACAUGCACUGCAAGCCAUGGACUCAUCUAGGUCUAAAACCCGAGCAAUGGUGGGUGGUGAAAGACUUGAACUUCAGGAUCUUCAGCCUUGGCAGCUCCACCCAUUUCUUCAAGGCAGUUCAUUUAACAACUCAGCUGGAGAAACUGUGUCUUUUAAUGAUCGUGGGGAACUCAAAGGCACAUUUGACAUCAUGAACAUUGUCUUCUUCCCAAACAAGUCCUUCCUUAAAUUAAAAGUUGGAAAAAUGGACCCAAAGGCUCCUGAAGGAAAACAGUUCACUAUUAAUGAUAAAAUUGUGUGGCCCAAGAGCUUUAACCAGGUGAUGCCGGUCUCUGUAUGCAGUGACUCCUGCCGCCCUGGUUAUCAGAAGAGAAAAAAGGAAGGGGAGAAAUUUUGCUGCUAUGAUUGUGCUCCAUGCCCAGAAGGGAAGAUUUCAAACAAACAGGACAUGGACAAGUGUUUCACAUGCCCAGAAGACCAAUACCCAAGCCGGAGUAGAGAUAGAUGCAUAACAAAAGUGAUAAACUUUCUGUCUUAUGAAGAAUCUUUAGGGAUCGGUUUUACAUCAGUUGCUGUUUCUUUGUCACUCACCACAGCUUUUGUGCUUGGAGUUUUUAUCAAGCACAGAGAUACCCCCAUAGUCAAAGCCAACAACCGGGACAUCAGCUACCUUCUUCUCGUUGCCCUCCUCCUCUGUUUCCUCUGUUCUUUGCUGUUUAUCGGAAGACCUACAAAGGUGACCUGCUUUAUCCGUCAAUCUGCAUUUGGCAUCAUCUUCUCUGUGGCUGUUUCUUGUGUGCUGGCCAAAACCAUCACUGUGGUUGUUGCUUUCAUGGCCACCAAACCAGGGUCCAGCAUGAGGAAGUGGGUGGGGAAAGGACUGUCCAACUCCAUUAUCCUUUCCUGCUCUUUUAUGCAAGCAAGCAUCUGUGUGGUGUGGCAAGGAAUCUCUCCUUCAUUCCCAGAUUUGGACAUGCAAUCACUUACUCAGGAGAUAGUACUAGAAUGUAACGAAGGGUCUGUCAUCAUGUUUUAUGUUGUCCUGGGCUACAUGGGACUUCUAGCCAUCAUCAGCUUCACUGUGGCAUUCCUGGCCAGGAAGCUGCCAGACACUUUCAAUGAAGCCAAGUUCAUCACCUUCAGCAUGUUGAUGUUUUGCAGUGUUUGGUUGUCUUUUGUCCCAACCUACCUGAGCACGAAGGGGAAAUACAUGGUGGCUGUGGAGAUCUUCUCCAUCUUGGCUUCCAGUGCUGGGCUGCUGGGCUGUAUCUUUGUCCCCAAAUGCUAUAUUAUUCUGCUGGUGCCCAAGCUGAACAAAAAGGAACAGCUUAUUAAGAGAGGGAAUGAAAGAGCAUAA